GCCGCCCGCUCCUGCGCAGCAGCCUGAGCCCGAGCUGCCGCCCGCCACCCGCUGCCCGCCUGCCGGCCCGCCCGUCUGCCCGCCUCGGGCUCUCCCUGCGGGGCGGUAGGGGGAGUGGGGCUGGAGGAAGGGAGGCAGCAGAUGCGGCCUCCGAGCGGAGACCGGUCCCGCGCGUCCUAAGCCGAGGCCCCUGAGCCGGCGCCGUAACCGUGAGGGACGAAGACCAGCGCGGAGCAGCGCCAGCCCGGCCCCAGAACGCGCGCCCCGGCCCGCCGCCCAGACACGGACGGCACGGUCCGCCCCGGCCCCAGCACCGCGCGGUGUCAGCCCGGCCGGCGACCUCGGCGCCUCCGCAAUCCCGGCCGGCUUCCGCGCGGGCCCCGGCGCUCCUCUCCGCAGCCGCCGCCCCCGCCUCCGCCGCCUGUGCCUCUGCCUCCCCCUCUGCCCCCGCUGCGUCGGCGACCCCAGCCCGGACCCCAGCCCCGACCCCGCCCGCGGCCCCGCCAACCUCGGCCGCGGCCCGGGCCCCGGCCCCGGCCCGGAGGCCCAGCCGUGGGUACGAUGCUGCCCAGCUCCAUCCAGAUAUCGGGGGAGCCGCUGUCAGGCGCCGAAGUGCGGGACAUCUGCCGCGGCCUGCGCGACAACGCCGUGCGCCUGCUCUCACUGCGCGGCUGCCGUCUCUGCGACCGCGACUUCGGCCGCAUCUGCCGGGCCCUGGCCGGGGCCACGUCCCUGGCGCAGCUCAACCUUAACCUGGGCGUCGUGUCCAGCCCCAGCCGCAUCAAGCAGCUGGCGGAGGCGCUGCGGACCAACCGCUCCAUCCAGUCCCUCUUCCUGCAUGGGAGCCCUCUGACAGAUGCGGGGCUGGCCUUGCUGAAUCCAGCUCUGGCCCUCCACCCUGCCCUCGUGGCUCUGGACCUGGGGGACUGCAUGCUAGGUGAUGAAGCCAUCAACCUCAUCUGUGGCCUCCUCCCCCCUGAUGGGGCCAAGUCUGGCUUGAAGGAGCUGACGCUGAGCGCCAACCCUGGCAUCACCCCUAAGGGCUGGAGCCGCCUCGCCAUUGCCGUGGCCCACAGCUCCCAGGUCCGCGUCCUCAAUCUGGACUACAACCCCCUGGGUGACCAUGUGGCAGGGAUGCUGGCUGUAGCUGUGGCCUCCAGCCGCACCUUAGAGGUCCUAGACUUGGAGGGUACAGGGCUCACCAACCAGUCAGCUCAGACCCUGCUGGACAUGGUGGAAAAUUACCCCACAGCUUUGCGGAGUCUGGUGUUGGCUGAGAACAGCAUUAGCCCGGAGCUGCAGCAGCAGAUCUGUGACCUCCUCUCUGAGGGGGAGGAGGAGGAGGAGGUGGCAGGAGGGGCUGGCGACACCCAGGAACGAGAGAGAGGGCGGGAGCCUGCUGCCCACCAGAGGGGCAGUAGCUCCUGGAUGUGCCCCAGUGAUCCCAGCUCUCAGAUGGUGCUAAUGACGUCAGGACUAGGGGACAGUCUGUUGGCUGAGACGGAGAUGUGACUCUCCAUUCAGGCUUCUGCGCAUCAUUACAUUUGCGUCUCCAGCACUUUGCCCCAGAUGUCAGGGUCAGGUC